AUGCCAGCCGACACGAUGGAAAAACCCACCGCCUCGCCGAUUGCCGGAGCGCCGGCCAGCUCCAGCCAAACUCCAGAUAAACCCAAAAGCGCCAGCGAACACAGAAAGUCAUCUAAACCCAUCAUGGAGAAACGACGGAGGGCCCGGAUUAAUGAAAGCCUGGGACAGCUCAAGACUCUCAUCCUGGAUGCGCUGAAGAAAGAUAGCUCCAGGCAUUCCAAGCUAGAGAAAGCAGAUAUCUUGGAAAUGACAGUAAAACACCUGAGAAAUCUCCAAAGAGCCCAGAUGACAGCUGCUCUGAGUGCAGAUCCUACCGUCCUGGGCAAAUACCGAGCUGGAUUUAAUGAGUGCAUGAACGAAGUGACUCGUUUCCUCUCCACCUGCGAAGGGGUGAACACGGAAGUCCGCAGCCGCCUCUUGGGCCACCUUUCCACUUGCCUGGGUCAGAUUGUGGCCAUGAAUUACCCCCCACCGCCUCCCCCUCCCCCUCAGGCCACUGGCGGACAGCCUGCGCAUUUGGCGCAACCUUUGCAUAUCCAGCUGCCGGGCUCAGCAGCUGCAGCAGCUGGAGUCCUUCCCGGCCCGUGCAAACUCAACCCUGGUGAAACUUUGUCCCCAAAAGUCUACGGGGGCUUCCAGCUGGUACCUGCGACGGACGGUCAGUUCGCCUUCCUCAUCCCCGGCCCAUCCUUCCCACCUAACGCCGGACCCGUGGUUCCGCUCUAUGCCAAUGCAAACAUGCCCGUUUCCUGCAACGGUUCAACGACGACUCCUUCGGUAUCACCAGUGCAGGGGCUCACAUCCUUUGGGGGCAGCUUAGCCGCCGUUUCUCAAGCCGGAGGAGAACGUCACCACGAGACUGUCUGGAGACCUUGGUGACUUCCCUCCCCCUCCCCCCUCUAGCCCCCCACACAGAAAAAGGAAUCCUGACUAUUUUCAACAUUGGUUCCGUUGUAUGGAACCUGGACCUCUAUAAAGUUUUAUUUUGUUGACUGAAUCCCACCCUCCCCUCUUCCCUCCCCCACCCCACACACAAAAAACCUUUCAUAUUUAUUCCUUUCCAAAGGUUGGAAUGCCAAUUUGUAUUUUUCAUCCUUUUAAACGUCAUGUGAAAUAUUUCUUUUUUAAAAAAAGAAA